ACCACCCCCACGAACCUGCUUAUAAACCCAGGCAGCAUGACACACCAUCGUCCAGCCACAUCUGAACUCAAGACUCACCCAGACACUCCUCCAGACCAUCAUCCAACUUUGAAACCAUGAGCAGAAACGCCCUGUGUUGCAAUGGUGAGCUCCACAAAGGAGACUACCUUCUCUCCAACAACAAGCAGUACAAAGCUGUCUUCGAGGAGGAUGGCAACUUUGUGGUCUACGGCUGGAAACCCAUCUGGAGUUCCAACACGGCGAAGCACAGCGACGCAGAACGCAUCGUCAUGCAGGGCGACGCAAACUUUGUCAUGUACACGUCGAGUGACAAGCCCGUGUGGCACACCAACAGUCAUAAAGACGCCGGCCCUCACUGCACGGUCCGUCUAAUGCUCCAGGAUGACGGGGACUUGGUGGUGAGGAGCAAAUACGACACGUAUUGGUCUUCAAAGAAUGAGUGAAAGGUCUCGAUUUGCCUUAACCUUUAAUAAAGUCCUUUAUCCAAUAAGAUGAUUCUUAUUUCAAUCUGUUUUUGUCCCAAUAACAACUCUCAGCCUGACAACCUGACUGCCUGCGUUAGGAUUUCACACUGGUAUAAAACCACCUACCGCUUGAAACUAGCAGGUGGAAAUUACUUUGCAUUGUACUAGUGGUCGGGUGUGUCAGACACACAGACAUCGUCUAUCAAGCCUCUGACUCUGAGACGAGCAACUGCUAAGCUUACUGUCUAUCCCUUUCAAACUGAGCUGUGACCCACUUUGAAGUGACCACUGGCGUUCUGGUUUUAUGCAAGCAGAGCCACAAAUGUGAGACAAUAAAAACUUAGUUUGUGUCCUUUCAAA